AUGGAGGCCAAUCCGGGCAAUGGAAAGCAUGGCGAGAAGAAGUCUAGGACCCGCUUCAUGGGAAAACUAUUCAAGGACAAAGCGGAUGCUGCAGACGAGGAUGGCCCUCAGGGUUCCGGACAAGACGUAGACGAGUUUCUCUACGGCCCUUCGGAUGAGCUGCAUAUGCUCCAAGCAUCUAGAAGCACGAGGCGUCAUUCAACCAGCACCAAACGAACUAGGAAGGGGCUUGUGGUACGUUUCUCAGACGCGCAACCAGAGGUGAUUGGGGAGGGCGGUGAUGAGGCUACCUCGCCCGUUGCUGAGAUAGGGAUGAGAAGGAGAGCAAACACAGAUCCGCCAGUGUUUCAACCAAGGCUGGAACAGCAAUCAACGCAGUCGGGGAAAGAUGCGAAGGCGGCAGAGUAUGGGUAUGCUAGCAACAUGGAUGAAUUCCAACCUGGACCUUUUCGGCGUACACAAACAGGCUUCCAGUCCAUACCAGAUCCACAACCGAGCCCCGAGCCAACACACGUAUCGAAGGAGGACGCAGAAGAUGGCCAUGUGCAAGUCCUGAGCACAAGAAAUCAUGCCGACAGGCGCUCGUUUGCAGAUAUGGUAAGGGCCGAGAUGAGAUCUGGAGAGGGUCAGGCACUGGUGCAGGGGCGAGACAGUCCGGACGAACUGUUUAUGGGGUCAGAAACGGCGGGAGCGUCUGCCCCUACGGCCCAGUUUGAAGAACUCCACAUCAAUACUAUGAACAACCAGAAAAUACCCACAUCUCCUGGAUUCGCGCCCAGUGUCAACUCGAGCCGUCCGGGCUCUAGCCGACCCUUGACCCCAAGCGAAGAGCGAGCACCAGGUCAUUCGGGAGAGAGCCCUGCAAGCGAUUCCCGGACCUCCACGUUAACUGUGCCAAAAAGUCUCCAGCCAUCUGUUCCCAUCACUGGGCACCAAAUGACUGAAAGCCCGGCUACUCUGUCGAGAACCUCAACCUUGAGUCUCCAAGAUGCAGCAAUUGCUGUAGGGGACGAUGCAUUGAAAGAAUUUUCGAGACGAACGGCACACCUGUGUACCCUGUUCCGUCUUUCUACAGAAGCUACGAAGCCACUCUCGCAAUGCUCCUUAGAAGAACUUGUGCGCGUGGCCUUGUGGUGGUUUUUGAAGGGGAGGAUGAAUCUGGAAUCCGCAGUCAGGGAGCGUCCAGGCACGCUUCAAGCACAACAGGCCAAUUACUUCAUCCGUGCCCAGGCCUACGCUGAUCUCGCCAAGUCACUCUGGAUCACGGAGACCGUGACUUCAAAGUAUCCAGAAACUCAACUAAAACCGGGUUCGACAGGCUCCGAUCCAUCUUUGGGCGACGUUCUAGAUGCUCGGCAAGGCAUUCUAUCUAGUUUGAGGAAACUAACCAUGUCGAUGAAACGCAACAACUUCCUUCCUCCCGAUCCUCGAGAUGCUCCUCUUACCCAAGGUUUAGAUCCAUCGAUUUGGAUGAAAGGCGACGGCGAUAAGUCGCUCACCUACAGCCAAAGACUAACUUCGGUGGGAUCGCUAUCCGAAGCAUUUCCUUUGGGCGAUACGACCCGAACCUUUCAUUACGUGAGGGUAUUUGCUGAGGCUACACUGUUGGAAGCAGCGGCUCCUCAAACGUAUCGAUGCCCGGUCCUGGUUUCUAUCGUACGUGGCGUCAAAGACACUUCAGGCACCGCUGUCAUCUCCAGUCAAGAUGGUCUUUUGAAUCUUAUGAUCCAAGCCGACAAAGCACGGGGCCUGACGUGGGACGACAUAAGAUGGAGAGCGAGCCAAAAUUUGGUUGAGGUCAAAUUACCUCGAGGAUUCGUGCUCCAUCUCCAAUUUACCGAGCAGGACUUCAGACUUUUGUGGAACGUACACGAGUACGAGACAAGAACACGAGCUGUCCUAAUCCCAAAGUCGGCGGAACGGGUUGUUUUUGAGACUGUGCUUCAAUCCUUACAAUACUUUGGUCAAAGCCCACAGCAUUCGUUUCCUAAAGAAGCUCAACCCCACUGUCACAUGAAACUAUUUGAGAAGACAGCAGUCAUCAAGGCAGCAACCGGCCCUCGUACGAUGCACCGAGGAUUCCGUGUGGCUUUGAAUACCAGCACGAAGUCCAAAAAUUUGCGCUGUUUAGAUCAGGAUCUACUACCGAGUCGACCAAUCCAGUUCGGAUUCCUACGAGGCGAAGGGGGGGCUCCCGCCAUUCUACUGAAGAUUUUGGACGAGAAAUCGAGCUAUACAGUAGUGUGCACUUUCAAAACAAUCGACGAACGUACCCGGUUUCACACGCUGCUCACCGGAAUCGCACUUAAUGACGGGGAAGACGUAAUUUCGGAAAACACCCUCCAAGGUUUGUCCAUCGCAGAUUCCGAAGCAGAACUAGCCUGCCUCCAAGCUCUCGAGUGGCAGGCUUUCCGAUUCAUCAACUACGACCAGGGAGACUUGCAAGACCACAAGACUGUCCUCUCGCCGAAUCUGCGCAUCGUCAUAGACUUCAAAGGCGGCAGUAUCACAGAUCGUAUCAACGUUGAGCCUGGGGAGCUUAAGCUGCGGCUCGAUGUGCAAGCUUUGAACGAAAUUAAGGUUUUGCGCCUGCCUCAGCAGGAUAUGAGUUUGUCAGUCGCAGAAUCCCAAGUUCCCAAAGAGUUGCCACGAGACCUCACCAUGCUGCUGGAAUCUAUAGCCAAGUCGGAGUCAACUCGCAAGUAUACGUUUCCGUCGCUGGCCGCUCUACAUUCCUUCCAAGCUUCUCUGACUGGAUUUGCGGUGGCCUUCGAUGGCGUUGCCUGUUCUUUCAACAUAUCCCGCCGACGUAUGGUAGUUCCUAUCUACAAGAAGUGGGAUGCAGCUACGACCCGAGUGCAGAUUGUCCAGAAGGAGAAGGUGGUUCAACUUGUUGCCUUCUUUGAUAACUUCAACCAUGGCAAAGCCAUGAAUUUCACUCUGAAAUCUACGGAUAAUUUCGAGGCGUCUAGCAGCAAGAAGACAUUCUCCUUGCGAAUCGUGGACGCGAAAUUUGCUCUGCCAAAAGAUCCCCGAGGGGUUGAAGCUGGGAUCGAGCACGAGUUUGUUUGCCUGGACAUGCCAGAAUACCCUGGCGAGCAUGACGACGUGACCAUCGUUUUUGAUACUGAAGCCGUUCGAGAUGCGUUCACAAAAGCAUUGCCAGCGCCCGUCAAGAUGGCCUCACGCAUGGGAUCUGUCCGGAGAUAG